AUGGUACCAGAAGUCUCUCACCACCCCCUCCACCGCGCCGACGGCUCAGCAUCAUACUGCAACAACCUCUUUACCAUUCUAGCUUCCGUCAACGGGCCCAUCGAAGUCCAACGCCGCGAUGAACUCGCUGAGGAAGCAGCAAUAGCAGUAAACCUCCGUCCUGCGGCAGGUAUUACUAAGACACCGGCGCUGAGGAUGCAGGGAGCGGUGAGGGAUGUGGGUGUUCUGCCAGGGUUGGUUAAUGCGGCGUUCUUGGCACUCGUGGAUGGCGGGUUGCGUUUGGAUUGUUCGGUCGUGGCUACGUUGUUUACGGUCACGGACAGUGGGGUGUAUGAGGAGGAGCCGGACGAGAAGCAGUUGGUGGGGUGUAAGAGUGUGCAUGCGAUGGCUUAUAGUCAUCGUGGGGAACUGUUGUUGAAUGAGUCUGCUGGGAGGUUUCCGUGGAGUGAGUGGGAGGGUGUUGCGGAGAGGGCGGAGAAGACGUGUUUCGCUGCUAUGGCGUCGGCGACGGGUGAUGAGGAGAUGGCGGGAGGGGUGGUGGAGAAGUCGCCGUGGUUGAGACACGAGUUGGAGGAGAGGGCGAGAGUUGCUGUGGCGUGGAGGGAGACGACAUGA